AUGAGGAAACUAAACAAAUUUAAUGCUUUCUGGAUCAAUGCCUAUAUAAUAGGUGAAAGAAACUUGACUUGGUCUUCAGAUGUGAGCAAACCUCUAUAUCUUAACAGCUUUCCUGUUUUCAAUUUGACCUACUUAAUCCCUUUUCUUCUGUUCCUGACCUCACUGCUCCUUUUACUUCUAUCCUUGGAGAGACAUACCCAGAAUGUGCAGCUCAACUGUAUGGACUCAAGGGACCUCAGCACAGAGGCCCAUAAGAGGGCUGUCAAAAUAGUGGUAUCUUUCCUCCUCCUCUAUGUUCACUCUUCUUCCAAUCUAACAGCAGGUUGGAUUUUUCUUACACUGCAGAAACAUGAAGCCAAUUUACUUGUUAUGUUUACAUCAUCUGUUUUUCCUUCAGGCCACUCAUUUAUCCUAAUUCUGGGAAUCAGCAAUCUGACUGUUUUAAGACUACUGAGGCAUCUUAAAUGGCAUUUGAAAAAAUGGCUUUAG